AUGGCGUCCGUCGUCGGGUCUGACAGCGGCCUCUCCACCGUCACGCUGUCUAAGAAGUCCAUCAGACAAGAGGUGGACGUCGUGGCAGGCGUGACGAUGAAGGAGAGGAACAAGCAGAGUCUCACGAUCUGUGUUGUGCGUGAAGAGAGCGUGAGGAAGCUGGAAAUGGCUUGCAAAUACAUACGCGGCAUGUUUGAACGAGAAUCACCCCCGAUGGCUUACACAACCGUGGAUCGCCUCCAACAAACUAUCGACGCGGCUGAGCUCUCGGGCAAGCACCGCGUCUUGAACUUGCUCUUCAGCCCGGAGAUCGAGGACGUCACCUUCGACGUGCCCCCUCACUUCAGCCAGCUCAAGGUUCUCCGAUGCGCUGAUCGCAAGAACACGGGGAAACUCUUCGUGGACGGCUCAUCUACCUACAACAACGUCCGCCUCGACAAGUGGCAGGCACACAGGCACAAGAACCAUAGCCUCAUCAUCGGCGAUGAGAGAGGCGUCCGGAUCAAGCUGAAUGACAUAGUCAGCCUACCUCACUGGGCGAGAUGCCGCAGCAACUUCGACGACUCGGAGCAAAACGAACUCUUCCAGCAAUUCGAGAAGCUGUCUGACAAGAGUGGCUGGGACAAUAUCAAGGGAAUUGUCUCAACCAUCUUGGGCAUCGCCGUCGGGACAGUCAAGUUCGGAGUGAGGUUGAGUGGAGGCGUCGGCGGCAUCUACGUCAAGUACACCUUUGGACUCCACGCCCUCGAGUUGGGAGCUGCUGGUGCCAAGGUCACCGCCGUUGCCACGGCAGCAGGCUCGGCUGUUGUUCUUGGAGUGGCCGCUGGAGCAGCGGUAUACUUCAUACCAUGGGAGAGCCUCUUUGCGUGGUUGAAGGGAGCCUUCAUCAGCUUCUGGGACAAGAUCCGUUCGCUCUGGCAGAAGUUUAAGGGCUGGGUCAUGGAUCUAUUCACGAAGGGAUCCGAGGCAGAGCCAGCUGAGCAACAGAAGAUGUUGAUAAAGAUGGCAUGA